CUAGAUGGGCCACUAGACGCGGUGACCACAGGAUGCCUCGGCGGGGGUGAUACGUUCACGGUUUUGCGCGGCUUCCUUCUUAUUUUAUCUGAAACGUACGCUGCGUCGACGCGCAGGAUUUUCACCAGCAGACGGCCGGAGAACACAAAAACAAGCAAAGCCACAACAAGUGCAACAGAUCUCUCUUUUAUUUCGACCGGAGAAUGCGCCUGCGACGCCGUGGGGUUUUGCACGGAGCAACUGCACAAAUUAUCCCGAAACUUCUCCCGCUCGCGCAAAUGAACUGAUUCAGCUCCGCGCUACAACCCGCGGCUCCUACAACAAGUGGUCGCCCGUUAUCGCCAGUUGGUGAAAGUGCGCGAGGGUGAGGAGGGAGGGGGGGGUGAAAAACGGGUCAUUUAACGGCAACGUACGUGGGGUAAUUAGUUCACAUUUGCAACAUGGCUGCUGCGGGGACAGCGGCGAGAAAAGUUUGACGUGGGAGAAGUUUCCUGCGGAAUGCUAGCGGCUACGUGAGCUGCUGUGCGGCUAAUAGAGCGGUCGGCGGACUCCCCCGGCCUGGCACCGCGCUCCCCGGACUCCGAACCAGUGGAUGAGCCGUUCGAGAGCCGCCUCCUCCUCCUCCUCCACCGACAGUCACCGCAGUGGACUUCGUGGGGGGAACCGGCGUCUUCUCCGUCGCAACGCCGUGCUGGCGUUGACGGACCCCGUCGCUUGGCUGCAGGCGGUGCUCCGGCGCUAAGAUGCAUUUCUCCAUCCCCGAGACGGAGGUUCGCUCGGGGGAGAACGGAUCCACCUAUGUGGCCUACAACAUCCAUGUCAAUGGGGUGCUACACUGUCGGGUACGCUACAGCCAACUUCUAAGCCUCCAUGAGCAGAUAAAGAAGGAAUAUGGCAGCAAUGUGGUGCCUGCGUUCCCUCCAAAGAAAAUCUUCACUCUGACUCCUGCGGAGGUCGAACAGAGACGGGAACAGCUGGAGAAGUACAUGCAGGCUGUCCGUCAGGAUCCGUUGCUUGGAGGCAGCGAGCUGUUCAACAGUUUCUUAAGGAAAUCUCAGCAGGAGACACAGCAGAUUCCCAUAGAAGAAGUCGUUCUAGACAUCUGCCUGUCCAACGGUCAGAAGGUUACGGUGAACAUUCUGACCUCGGAUCAGACGGAGGAUGUCCUUGAUGCCGUUGCAACAAAGCUUGACCUUCCCGAUGACCUCGUUGGUUAUUUUAGUCUCUUCCUUGUCCGUGAGGGUGCAGACGGAGGUUUGACAUUGGUGCGGAAGCUGCAGGACUUUGAACUGCCUUAUGUGUCCAUUAACAGCUUGCGGAACUCUGAAUAUCACAUACUUCUACGAAAAAGUUACUGGGACAUGGCUUACGAUAGUGACGUGAUGGAAAACCGGGUUGGCCUAAAUUUGCUAUAUGCCCAGACGGUGUCCGACAUCGAGCGAGGCUGGAUUCUUGUCAACAAAGACCAGCACAGGCAGCUCAAAUCCCUGCAGGAAAAAGGCUCCAAGAAAGAGUUUAUUCAUCUAGGUCAAACACUCAAAUACUAUGGCUACAUCAAGUUUGACCCGUGCGUCACUGACUUCCCUGAGAAAGGCUGUCAAGUCAUCGUCAGCGCCGGCAACAAUGAGCUCAACUUCCACGUCAAGUUGCCCAACGAACAGAUGAAGGAGGGGAGCUUCAAGGUCACACGCAUGAGGUGUUGGCGGGUUACGUCUUCGCAAGUCCCUGUACCCAACGGUACGAGCAAUCCCUGCAGCUCAGCCAAGUGUGAGGUGAAGCUGGAGCUGGCCUUCGAGUAUCUGAUGAGCAAGGACCGUCUGCAGUGGGUCACCAUCACGAGUCAACAGGCCAUUAUGAUGAGUAUCUGCCUUCAGUCUAUGGUGGACGAAUUAAUGGUGAAGAAGUCAGGAGGAAGCAUAAAAAAGAUGCUGCGGAAACGACACAACGGCUCCAUCCACCGCUCAGACAGUCAGCAAGCUGUGAAAUCUCCCCCUCUACUGGACUCCCCCGACCCAAACCGUGAAGUCGUCAAGCUCUCCACCAAGUUGAGCUCGGUUUCCCUCAGAGGGAUCAGCGCCUCCAACUCGGCAAACGACAUCAGUGGCAACGAUUUCCAUGGCAACUAUGCCUUCGAGGGAAUCGGGGACGAUGACUUGUAAUCCUCCGGUCCUCUGUUCUUCAUUCCAACAUCAACAACUGGGACAACAAAAGUGACGAGCUGAACCCAGACGAGCGGAUCACAUACGCGUCAGACUCUGCAAGGUUGUAGCUGCUUCUGUGAGAAAUCGCUGCCUUAAGCUCUUGUUUAAUCUUAGAUCGCGUCCUUCCUUAUCGACUUAAUUUGCAUUAACAUGAUCAUAUUGAACGGAACCUUUGUCUCUGUGUUAUUAACUUGUGGCGACAUACCUUAAAUAGCAUGUGAAGCUGCAGAUACUCGGACAAGGACGUACGUUAUGUCUCACUGUCAGACAUUGUUCAUUCAUAUAAAAUACUGAUUCAUUACCAGUAUAUGCGGGGUUCUAUAAUGCAGUUAAAUCCUUAAAGGUACAAAUACACACACACACACACACACACACACACACACACACACUAUAAAUGACAUGAAGAAGAGGCAGUAGGUCCUGAAUUUGUCCUCCAGUGGCUGCUUGUCUCUCCAGCCCCAGAGCCAAAUGUUUAAACCAGGCACUAGUGACAAAGCAGCAGGACUGGCCAUGGAUAGACUCACCAGUGAAUGUGUCGUACCUGUAGACUGUUGAUCAACCGCUCACUCAUACAGGCGGCCGGCGUGCGGCUCAGCUAUUAAACCAAACUGUCAUAGCAUCGUGCCGCGCUAUACUGUACAUGUGCCAAGUCAUCGAGGUCCUCGAUCUCCAGGUGUGUUUUCGUGCGGCCGUCAGAAACUCUGCAGUCUGAGGCCUUCGCUUUGCAUCUCACCUUCUGGGUUACUUCUUGCCGCGCCACACAACACUGGCUCAAGCUCCGCACGGAAGUUGGCGCGAGCCAGCGUUGCCCCCGACUCUUGCAGAACUCGACAGAUGGGUCAUUCGGCUGAGCUGCUUGCACUUGCUGAACCCAUCAUUUUGCACAGUAUUACAGGUGGAGAUGAAUGUGCGAGUGAAUGCAUGAACGGGACUUUAAACAUUGUGUGGAAUUUUUGUUUUUCCUAAGGGGCUCUUGUAAAUCCAUCUGAUUGCUUCAGCCAAUUUUUAAGGUUUCUCAUAAAUGCCAAAUUAUAGUUUACUUAAGCAUUUUGCACAAAAUAAACAUAGAAAUUAUGACAAUGUCACUUUUUUAUAUUAUGUACAUGCAUUUAAGUAUUCAGAACUUUUCCUAAUACCUUUAUCAUCAUUGCUUAUUCUAAUCGAAUGGAUCAAAUGUAAUCUAAGAUGUAAAGAACAAAAGACGUAGACGGACUAACAUUUAUCAUGUUUACAUUAUGUAGGAGACUUUUAGUUCGAUGUGUUUACAGGUUUUGUAUCUGAUUGUUUGCUUCUUUGGGCUUAUGACCGGUCUGUGGGCUACAUGUCAUCCUGAUUUGUUUGUACAUUUGUGCCAAUCAUCUCCGAGGGUUGAGUGGAAGAGGGUGCUUCGUUUUGGGGACCCCGGUUGCUGGAGCGAAUAAAGUUCACGGUGAGCAUGCAACAAAUGAACGUAUCCCACUGCUAGUUUCUGAAGCCUGUUCAUGAACAUCUGUGCCAACUGGGCAACUUCUUUACUUACUGGUGGUGACAACUGUAAAGAGAAUGUCUUCACUCUGUGUCCUGUUCUUUCACUGCAGUACUUCUGCGCUGUCUUUGCUCUCAUUUUCAGUAGAGUUACAGACACUAUGAACUAACAUUGUCCAGCAGCAGCACCUGGGUGUUAAUAAAUAUGUAGGUGCCAAACUAAAGUGCAUGUUUUCCAGCGUCACUUUCACACAAAAUGUCUAUUUCUUAAAGACUAUUAAUUCAUUCCACAAUUUUUCAUAUUGAUUUGUGUUCAGGUCAGUGAUGACCUCUGGUCUAUUUUCACCAUGCAAAAAUAAAUAUGGAAACAGUU